ACGAAGCGGAUCAGAGCUGUGUGAGGCUGGGACAUGCGACUUCAGAGCCAAGAGUUUAACUCCGGCAGGUGAUUCAAUCGAAUAAACACUCUCUACUCUCCAGGCAUCAUGUGCUGGGCUCCCGCUCUGCUGCUCACGCUGAUAGUUCGUCAAGGUGUGACUAUACCUUUGACUAAACAGAAAAAUGACCCAUUGAUCAAGAAAAGUGGUGAUGCCGUUAAUCUUGAAUGUAAAGACUGGUCCGUAGUACAAUGGGUAACUCCACCAAUUGCUAAAAAGAGCAUUGUUCGCAACAGUAUUAACAUCAAAUCAGCGGAGCCAAAACAUACGGGCCAAUACACUUGUAUUAAUCCCAAUUCAUCUGAGAGCCGGUCUCUUUACUUGUUUGUGGAAGACUCCAAGAAUUUGUUUGUGUCUCCAUCAAUUCGGCAGAUGUUCAUUAGUGGCUAUGAAGGAUCUGAGGCAGUUAUACCAUGUCGAGUAACAUCUCCAAUCAUCGAAGACUUCCGGCUGGAGAGAAGUAAAGGAACCAGCAUGCCCAAAAGCCUAUCCUAUACAGUUGACAUCUACAGUGGAAUAAAUAUCACAAAUCUGAAGCGGAGUUUUGAAGGGUAUUAUGUGUGCACUGCCAGAAAGAAUGGAAUACUGAAGAAAUCUAAAGAUUAUAAAUUGCAGAUAGUACCAGUCCCCAAAAGUUCACCAGAAAUCAAUUUGGAAGUAAAUAAAGAGUUGCUGAAGGAAGGAGAGAAGUUUCAGCUGUCUUGCAUAGUCAAAAAUGUAAACCAUGAAGUAACUGUGGACUGGAACCAUCCACAAAGUACAGCAACAACAAAGACGAAGUUAUCCAACAACUUUCCUAACCACUAUAAAGCCACAGAGAGAUUGACCAUUGAUUCAGUGAAAGUGAAUGACACUGGACAUUUCACCUGUUUUGCCAAGAAUCGGUUUGGCAUGUCAAAUGCUACAGUGUUCCUACAAGUUGUAGCUGAAGGAUAUGUGAAGUUUUCAACUCCAGAGAACAAUACUUUUCAUGUAGAUAUUGGAGAAAAUCUUGUGUUAAAAGUGGAGUUUGAUGCCUACCCUGCUCCUGAUCAACAGUACUGGACUCACAUGAAAGAGAGAUUACUUAACACAUCAGACCACUACAUAAAAUCUGCUAAAAAUGGGAACAGAUACAUGAGUGAACUUCAUCUAGUCCGAGUAAAGGGAGCAGAAGGUGGAAUUUAUACAUUUUUUGCUUCAAAUUCUGAUUCCAGAUCAUCAGUUGCAUUUGAUGUAUACAUAAAUAGCCAACCAGAGAUUCUUGUUCUUGAAGAAUAUAGGCCAGGUAAAAUUCGAUGUGUAGCUACAGCAUACCCAGAACCAAAUAUAAAAUGGAUUCACUGCCCUGGACAACAGAAACGGUGCUCAGAGGCAGCCAUAACACCAGCUGAAGGCCAUUGGACAAACAGGAUAAUACGUCAGCCCCGUUUUGGACGGGUUGAAGUGGAAAGCAUUCUUAACACCAAUGAACUGAAGAAUAACAUUACUGUAGAAUGUCUGGCAUACAACAGUGUUGGCAAAGGUCAAACAAUCUAUCAGAUAAAAGGAGAAAUAAUGAAGACUCAUCAACUCUUUACUCCACUCUUGUCCCUGUUUGCUGCGGCAGCAAGCAUACUGUGUGUAAUUUUAGCAAUUCUGUUUUACAAAUAUCAACAGAAACCCAGGUACCAGAUUCAGUGGAAAGUAGUUGAAGGAAUACAUGGGAAUAACUACACCUACAUCGACCCAACACAGUUACCUUAUGAUGAUAAGUGGGAGUUUCCCAGAGACAAGCUGCGUUUUGGUAAAACCCUUGGUGCUGGAGCCUUUGGGAAGGUUGUGGAGGCUGCGGCUUAUGGAUUGACUAAGGCUGACUCCAUUAUGACUGUUGCAGUAAAGAUGCUUAAACCAAGUGCUCACUCCACAGAGAAGGAAGCUCUGAUGUCUGAACUGAAAGUAUUGAGUCACCUGGGGCAGCAUAUCAACAUUGUCAACCUGUUGGGAGCAUGCACUGUGGGAGGUCCAGUUCUGGUAAUCACUGAAUACUGUUGCUUUGGUGACCUUCUAAACUUUCUGAGAAGGAAACGAGACUCAUUCAUUUGGCCAGAAACUAAAGAGCAGGAUCUGCAGAAAACAGAAUAUAAGAAUAUCAUGAAUCUGAGGGAUCCAAAGGACAAUAAUUCUGGGUCAUAUAUGGAAAUGAAGCCAAGCAGAACAACAUCUCCUCAAACUAUCCAGGACAAAAUCAGAUUGCCAAGCAAGGAAUCCUAUGGUGAUAAGGAAAACAACAGUGAGGACACUGAAGACUAUAGCCUGGCUCUGGAAUUUGAAGACCUUCUCAUCUUUUCCUAUCAGGUGGCAAAAGGAAUGAGCUUCCUCUCAUCUAAGAACUGCAUUCACAGAGAUCUGGCAGCAAGAAACAUUCUUCUAACAAAUGGACGGAUCGCAAAGAUUUGUGACUUUGGGCUGGCUAGAGACAUUAGGAAUGAUUCCAACUAUGUGGUAAAAGGCAAUGCUCGUCUUCCUGUGAAAUGGAUGGCGCCAGAGAGUAUUUUUGACUGUGUCUACACAUUUGAGAGUGACGUCUGGUCUUAUGGUAUUUUGUUGUGGGAAAUUUUCUCACUAGGGAGCAGCCCUUACCCUGGCAUUCCUGUGGACAACAAGUUCUACAAGAUGAUUAAGGAAGGGUACAGGAUGCUAAAUCCUGAACUUGCAUCUGCUGAGCUGUAUGAAGUCAUGAAAUCUUGCUGGGACUCUGAUGCUUUAAGAAGACCUACGUUUGAACAAAUAGUGGAGAUGAUUGAAGAGCAACUCUCAGACACCUCUAAACAUAAGUAUUCCAACUUGGAGUCAAAUUUCACCACUGGGCUUAAGUUCUCCAGCCAUUCCUCACGCCUUAAUUCAGCUGGCAGCAGCAAUGCAUCGGACCAGCCACUGCUCGUGAAUGAUGACGUCUUCUUUGAAGAGGAAAACAAGCGAAUGGGAAUUUGACAUUAGGCAAAGACCAAAUUACACAAGCCCUGCUGAGACUAAUAUACAGAAAAAAAUGACUGAAUGUAUAUUUUAUUAACGUUCAUAUAUAUUCUGAUUUCGGUCACAAAAAUCUACUUGGAAACUACUAUACUGUAGUCCUCGAAGCAAAGUUACAUGCAUCAGAGGGAUUGCUCACUGCAAGACUGAUUGCAGAGUGCUUUACAGUCAUGUUCUGCAGCCUGAUGUUUUAAAAAAAAUGCAAAUUGUUCUAUGAUUUGAACUAUAUGCGGUUAUGUUUAUUUUGCUGCAACAAGUAUGUCAGAUCAAGAUUCUCCUGAACUAGCUAAUUUACCCAACAAAUAAAAAAAAUCAGACUGAAAUUAUAAGAAUCGUGAAAGGACUCUCUUGCUCUUUAAGGGAGAUCUGCACCAGCGAUGGAAUAGAAUCCUGUCUCUUCCAGCCUUUCUUUCUGCGGAGCUGAUUCUGGGUGCAAUAGUAGCAUCGUUAAGCACUCAAAGUAACCACAUCUGGAAAAAAAACGUGCCAAACUUCAGAAGAGACUUUUAAUCAAUAUAAUCUUCAGAGGUAUUCUUUAUUAGCAUUUUCUUCUGCAGAUGCAACCAUUCAUCUUUUAAAUCCAUUGGUAAUGUGGCAAGCAGAUUAAGCAAAUUGAAAACUAAGUACAUUAGAUGUUCUCUUGCCACUUUACAGUCUUGCCUAGAUAAAUACAAAUUAGCAUCAAUGAUAUCCCACACCAUCAAAAGUGCAAAAUAAGCAUGUCUGCACAGCUCUACAAAGAGUAUUUGAACAGCAGAAAUUUCAUUCUAAAGCACCUUUUAUAAACUUUUCUGAAGCUAAUAUUGUUAUGUUGACUGUCUUCCAUUAUGUUUUCAUUGGUUAGUGAAGUUAGUUUGAAUUCUUGUUAGCCAAGCUUUUGUUUGGGAUCAGUUUUAAAUAGUUAAUUGACUUGAUUUUUUUCUCUCUAAUAAGUUCUGUAGCAAUAAAGCUGUAGCCAAACUUCAAUAAGCUAAACUAAAUGGUUAUAAUAGCUCAUCAGAAAUUAAUCAAAAUACUUGCAAGUAAUGAAAAACAUAUUGAAAAUUCUAAUGUCAUUGUAUUGUUUGUGUUUGUUUAAUACAUUAUACUAAGUUCUAAAAAGUGCAUUUUAUUUACCCAUUGAGGUAUGUUGCACUAUAGAGUUGUUAACAUAAGUCACAUGAAAGGUCAUUGCACUGAUACCUGACAUACUUGAGUGUCAUACUUCUAUUUUUGGAAGCAGAUAACAGUUAAUUGACAACCUGAAAAAAUGAGAUGUUAUCCAAAAUAAUAGAAAAGGGUGUAAUCACUUUUAUUUCAUGCUAUUUAAAUAAGUGGAACUAAAUGGAUCCUGUAGAAUUUUCUACCUAUGUCCAAAGUACCAGUAAGAGUUCUUGGAUUAGAAAUGGUCAGUAUUUGGCAUCCUUAUUCCCUUGUACUAAUUUAAGAUGCAAGAAAAAAAAUUAAUUGUAUACUAGGAUUUAACUACUUCCUAGGAAACUGACCUGAAAAAUCUAAUUUUAUGGAAAUAGAUGCUCUGGUUUCAUUAAGGAGUCUGUUUAUUGUUUAAAAUGCAAACUAAAAAUGCUUUGAAUGCUGAGUUCCUCAGCGGGUCAGGCAGCAUCUACAGAAAGGAAUAAAUGCCAACUGUCAAGCAUCUGCAGAAUCUUGUGUUUAUAAUUAAAAGUGCUUCCUGGUGUCUUUGUGAAAUUGCUUAAUGCCAUUUGCUGCUCAGCCAGCUUGUAGACAUCACUGGGCACCAGCAUAUGUUGGGAAAUGGGAACUAGAUUUUACUGAGGAAUCAUUUUCCUGCUCAUCUGGGUGUCCAAACAUUUUCUUGCUGACUCCAAAUUCUUUAUCUUUAUUGUUAGCUUGAUUCAGAAGCUUUAUUCUAAGCUUGAUUCUAAUUCUAAAUAAGAACACUUCUGGAUAAAACAUGUAUAAUGUUUAUCUUUACUGUUCUUUGGACCUUUUUCAAGUAUACAUGGUGGUUACUGACUUAAAAGAUAUAAGACCACAUGACAAUGUUUGGAAAGCUAUUUUUUUGCUCAGUUUGUAGACUUAUUGUAAGUUGCAUUUGCUGCAAGUAUGCAAGUUGUCAGUGUAAACAAAGAAUAGCAUACUAGUCCCUGAAAGUUCUCAGAAAUAUAAACUAUGAAACCACCCUUUUAUGGUCCUCAGGCCUCAAUUCAUCAUAGCCAGCUUUAUGCCAGUGGUUACCAGGUUAAGUUCUAUCAUACGUUGAUCAGUGCUUAUUUCAUCAUUACGUGACUGGAAUAUAGAAAUGUUAUAUGUACAAGUUUUAUUUUAUUUUUCUUUACAAUGCCACAUUACUUGGGUGGUGUGACAAUGUUUUAGUUUUCAUAUAGCCUAUGCUUCCAGAACACAGUAAUAAUCCUUCUGUUUUGGAACUUGUAUCCCCAGAUCUGUCCCUUUGGAGUGGUGUAUUGUGUUAGUGAAACCUCAAUAUAUUGUAAGUCCAGGAAUUGUUCGUGAAGCAAUGAUUAUUAUUCUUUUUACUUACACUUGAAAAUAAACUAUUUUG